AUGGGUAUCCAGGCAAGUGUCUCCUGCAGAGAUUUUGGUGUGGGGCCCUCAAAUGCAGACCCUUUGUGCCUGUCAUCGACACCUAUAAAGAGACCACCCAAAAGACCUCGUCUAGACCUCGAUGAAGACCUCGAGGACAAUCCAUUGGAGGGCAGCUCUUUGGUCUUCAAGGCAAUGAAGCUACAGUUGUUUCGGUAUGAAACAUUUUGCCGCCAUGCCAGAUCUUUCAUUGAACCGGCAGUUAUUCACCAUUGGAAAGUCACACAGGAUGUGAAUCUGCAGCGGCUGUGUCAGGAGGAAAAAGUGAUCCUUGGUGGUGACAUGAGAGCUGACUCACCAGGCCACUCUGCAAAGUAUGGGAGUUAUACAACAAUGGAUCUCCAGUGUAACACCAUUGUGGACAUUCAGUUGGUUCAGAGCAAUGAGGUUGGUGGUAGCUACCACAUGGAGAAGGAGGACCUGACGAGGAGUCUAGCAUUACUGGAGUCACGUGGUGUCAAACUUGAUUGCAUUGUCACUGAUCGUCAUCCACAAGUACAGAAGUUCCUCAGGGAGAGAAACAUAACCCAUUACUACGAUGUCUGGCACAUGGCAAAAGGAAUUUCAAAGAAACUGGAAGCAAUCAGUAAGCAAAAAGACUCUCAGAAAGAAAGAAAGAAACUCAAGAAGUGGAUGAAAAGCAUCAACAACCACAUAUACUGGACUGCAGCUAGCUCAACCUCCGGCCCAGAGAGAAUCGCAAAGUGGACCGCGAUCCUGAACCAUGUUCGAGAUGUCCAUACACACGAGGAUCCCCUUUAG